AUGCUUCGCACCACAACAGCCACCACCACUCGGGAUCAUCAACCCGAGGAAGCAAUUCUCACAUCUCUCUAUCAAUACACACCCAAUAAUAAUAAUACAGCUGGAUCCAAUACUGAUGCACAAACAGGUGGUGAUGAUGUUCCGCAAUUUGACCAUCAUGAAAAUGGAAUUACCGCAAGACACUACAACAACACACACGAUCAUCUCCAUUCAAAAGAAUCAAUCUUUGAUCCAUCACUCGAAUGUGAAUAUAAACAAUUACGAUAUAAUUUCGGACAAUAUUGUCACUUCACUUUAUAUGAAUCUUACAAUAGAUUUUACUUGGUUGGAUGUGAUAGCUCAAAAACCAAAUAUAAAUUAUUAAAGAUUGAUAAAAUACCAAGUGGUAGCACAACGACAGAGUGUGAAAUUACAGAUUACUUUAACGAAGAUGCAGGAGAAUACACCCUAAAUCAAAUCAAUGACUUGUUGCACAUGGUCAAAUUAGCCAUGAAAAGUAUUCAACAAGAUUUAAAAUUACAUACGAAUCAUAUUUAUGGAAUUUUAGGUUUCGUCGAAUUGAAAUUAAAUUAUUAUAUGGUAAUUAUCACGGGUAGAGAAAAAGUUGGAACCAUUGGAAAUGCAAGUGUUUACGAAAUCAAGGACACGAAAUUAGUACACUUGAGCGUAAGCAAAACAGUACUCAAACAAGACUAUCUCAUUGAAGAAAAGUACAAGGAACUAUUCAAUGGUAUUAACUUGCAUCAAGAUUUUUACUUUAGUUAUCAAUACGAUCUUUCCAAAACAUUACAACAAAACUGUAAACCUGUAGUUGUAGGAAUUGAAGAAGAAGUGAACUCUACCUCUCACAGUGACAUGUUUGUUUGGAAUAGUCACUUGAUGGAGCCUAUGAAACGUGCCAAUCUUGUGAAAUGGAUGUGUCCCUGUAUUCAUGGCCACUUUUUGCAAUCUAAAAUUUCCAUGUCUUUGUCAGAUUAUGAAAAGAGAUCCAAUUCAUCAUCCUCCCCAAGGAAUCGAACUCCAACAUUUAGACAUAGUCCAGCAAAAGCAACUUCCUCACAUGAUGAUUUAAAAUCUUCUCCCCGAACUGGAAAUAGCAACAUUUCCAUCGUUCUCACAGUCAUUGCAAGAAGAAGUAGAUUUUAUGCAGGAACAAGAUAUUUGAAAAGAGGUAUCAGUGAGUCUGGUCAUGUCGCUAAUCAUGUUGAAAUUGAGCAAAUUGUUUAUGAGAGUAAUCAUCACUUGUUUAAACAUCAAUCACAAGGAGCAUUUAGUAGUUUUGUUCAAGUGCGAGGAAGUAUUCCAUUACAUUGGUCUCAAUCCACAGCUACAACAACAACCAUGACCACAACCACAACUAUUGUGGAUGAAAAUGAUCAAAAGAAUACCACAACCACAACAACCAAAGCAUCCACAUCCAACUUGUUAUCAAAACCCAAUAUCAUUAUUACCAAGUUUGAUCCUCUCUAUGAAACAACUUUAAAACAUUUUGAUAUGUUGAUUGAGAGACAUGAAGGAGUUCCAAUCAUGUGUUUGGAUCUUGUCAAAAUGAAGGAAAAGAAACCUCGUGAAAUGAUUCUAGGUGAAAAAUUCAAAAACUCUAUCGAAUUUCUCAAUAAGAAUAUUUAUAACAAGACCUAUAGAUCCAUCCAUCAGAAACACAACUCUAGAGAUGAAUCUGCUAUUGAAUACAUUCCAUUUGAUUUUAGAACAGCAAUUAAGGAUAAACCAGAGAAGGCCCUUAAUGAGCUUCAUGCCAUUGCUGAAAAUCAUGUAAGAAAAUGUAAAUUCUUUGUAACUUCGAGAUAUGGAAAAGUCAUUCAAAAGCAACAAGGAAUAUUACGAACCAACUGUAUCGAUUGUUUGGAUAGAACCGGUGUGGCUCAAUAUAUUAUUGCAAAAUAUGUACUUGGAGAACAACUUUGUGCAUUGGGAAUUAUUGAAUCUCCACAUUUAGUGCAUCAUGGUCAAUUAAUUUUAAUUCUUCUACAAAUGUAUGAACAAGUGAGUGAUCAUAUAGCUAUUCAGUACAGUGGUAGUAAAACUGUGAGUGUAGAUAUUCACAACAGAGGAGGGGUGUUGGCUGAUCUCAUGACCAAUAUGAAAAGAUAUUAUAGCAGUAAUUUCAAAGACGAAUGGAAGCAACAUGCCAUUAAUAUCUUCCUUGGUAAUUUUAAACCAAGUUUUCACAUUCGACUGUUUGGUGCGCAUUUGUGGGAUUUAGAAAGCGGUGAUAUUUAUCUUCAUAAUGAAAAUGAAAGAAAAUCACUCUUGAUGGAUCUGGAUGAAGAAGAAGAAGAGGACCAAGAGGAAGAUGUUCAAAAUACAUAUUUUGAUGAGAUGUAUAAUCCAAGACAAGUUACAAAUUUGUUGGACGAUGAAAAUCUUGAUCAACUCUCUCUCACCAUUAAUUCUGAAGUGGAAGAAGACAUACCUGAUAAGAGAGUUCAAUCUGAAGAGUCUAAAAAAAACCUAUCUCCCAAUCUCAAUAAGAAAGACUCUCCAGAGAAGGAUAUGGUAAAAUUAUCUUCUUCACCUAAUCAAACACCAGAACAAACUGCAAGUUUAUUUAAAACGAUCAUGAAUUCUAUGAAAUUAACGCCAGCCCACGACACCAAAUUUCCAACAUUGACAGUUCUUCCACAAGGUGAAAUAUUACGGUCACUUGAAGGUAGAAUGAGUAAUGAACACACAAACAUGUCACAAGAAAUAUUGAGAGAUUUUUAUGACAAGGAUGCUAACUCCAUCUACAAUAACGUUACAAAUACGAGAUAUAUUGAAAGAAAUAUUAUUCAAAACUAUGAUAUGGAUAUUUAUACCAACUAUACAAGCGAAUUCAACAAUGAAUUAAUCGAGGAGCGUAAUAUGAGUAGCUUAUCUAUGGGAAGAUCUAAUGAGUAUAAUCAAUAUAUUUCCCAAUACUUUAAAGAUAACAUAUUUGAUGACAAGAAUGAUUUCAAUUCACUUGCUGUAUCUCUCCAUAAUCAAACUCUCUAUGGACAAUACACCAAAUACCAACACGACAUUUCAUUUUUCGGUAGAAAGGAGGUUUCAAAAAUUAAAACUUACAAGCAACUAGUUUCAAAUGAAAAGAAAACCAAAAGCUCAAUCAUAGAAGGUCCCUUAUCGGAUCUCUCAUCUCUUUCACUUCUGUAUAGAGAUGACGUGUAUGUACUAAACAAGAUGAAGAAGUUCUUUCCUUUGGCGUGUGAAGUGACUCAGCUUGUUUCUCACCUUCACUAUGUAGUUUCAUAUUUGAAGCAUAAUUUAACACUAUUGGAUCGAGUUCGAUAUCCAAAACAAAAUGAUUAUUCCACUUCACUCUAUCAACUGCUAAAAGGAAAAAUUUAUAGGAAAUGUUUUGAAGCAAAAGAAGCAAUUGAUUUACUGAUUUCUUUUAAUGACAAUUGUUCUAAUUCAGAUUUACAAAAACCCAUGAUUUUGGUAAAUGUUGAGAAUAGGAAACAAGCUGUGGAAUUUUUUGAAACACUGUUGGAAUGUAACGUGAUUCAUCAUGUGAAUUAUGGAAUUUCUUUCAUGGAUGGAUAUUAUUUAUAUAGAUUCAGCAGCGAUAAUCCUGUUCGAGUUUUGAACAUGAGCUUGCCACUCAGUGACGUCUUUCAUCAUUUAGAAUCCAUUGAAAGCAUUCGUACAAAAUGUGAACCAAAUCAAGUACUAUACAAACUCAUGGAAUAUCUCAGGCAAAUGUAUCAAGAAAUAUUCCCUAAAUAUGACAGAUUCAAUUUCAGAUGCAAUUCGUUCUUCAAAACGCUCGCACAACAUUCUAGAAAAAUUGUGUGUACCAAUUCAGUGUAUGUCACUCGACUACUUCCAUUAUGUCACGAAUUAUCUCGAAUUGAUUUAUCAUCCCUCAUUGAUGUUCAUGAAGAAAAGAAUGAGAGAAUACGAUUCAAAACAUUCUUUUUGAAUCUCUUCCUUACCUUGUUCUAUCAUUCACUCUUAAUCAUGGGAUCAAGUAGCAAGUAUAGAAUUAUUGGAAAUAAUGCCACCUAUAUAUUUUACAAUAGAAUGGCUUACAAUGUGGAUGGAUUGAUAUUCUCUCUUUCUGACAUUAGAGAUGGCAUACUGAGAGGUAAUAAGAGAUAUGCCAAUGGUAUUGUUACAGAUCCUGUUUCUAAUUCUAAUAACAGCAAUGAACCACCUCCAGUUGGAUAUUGCAAUAGAAUUUUACUUCCACCCUUCCCAAUGAAAAAUUCUCAAGUAUUGAAUUAUCACCAACCAUUAUUAACGAGCACUACUGAAUUUGGUAAUGAUGAAAGCAUGGAGCACUCAACAAAUUCUGAAACAACCUUUGACAGAAGAUCUCGUUUUCUUUCAUUCUAUGCCAAUCAUGUGGAUUUAAGACUAUUAUUUGUGAUUCAUCGUUAUGCUGAAUUAUUAUGGAAUGAAAAGUCUCAAAUCUCCAUUCUUCCAAAUUCACAACAAGUGAAAAAUAUGAGAAUGAGAAAUUGUUGUACUCUACUGCCAUACAUUACACCUGAAAAUUUUGAAUCCUUUGUGAGAAAGGAAACUGAGCUCUUCCUUUUACAACAUAUCAAAAUUAUGAGUGAUUUUAGUACGUCGACAGCAUCACAAACUUCCAAUCUCAUCAUUCUUCCUAGAAUAUUUAGAACUUAUCGAGAGAGUUUUGGUUACACUCUUCAAGAUAUUUCUCGUAAUUUAAUAGAAAAGUGCAUGAAUUAUCAAUCCGAGAAUGAACCUCAUUCCAAAGCGUUUAACAUGUUGAGAGAACAAUUAAGGCAUGUUCACAAAAAUUCACACAUCUAUACAGUGAAAGAAGAGGAAAUUUAA